GCCAUCCCGGGCUGAGGCGCUGGGGCCGGGCAUCGGGGCCGGGCUGCCCAGGGCUCCCCUCAGCGCCCCGGCCCCGCCGCCGGCCUCCCCUCGGCCUCCUGCCGCGGGAGGGGAGGGGGCCGCGGAGGUGAUCUGUGGUGAUCGAUCCGUGUGGGAUCCCCGUGGCGGUGACCCGGCGGCCUGCCCCCGGCCUGCCCCCAGCCCGCCCCGCGCCCCUCAGGCGGGCCGUGCCCGGCGGCGGUGCCGGAGCAGCUCGCUGAGGCGCCUGGCAGCGCGGGGCCGGCCGCGCUUUGGGGGAAUUUAUUUUUAAUUUCCCCUUUGAGCUGUCUGCUGCCGGCCGGAGUGCCGCAGGGAAGCGGUGGGCGCCUGUGGGGGUUUCUGCAGGGGGAGUUUGCAACUUCCAACUUUCUCGUCUUCUGCGCCCUGCCCAGGGGACGCGGAGCGGCGCGCAGCGAGAAGCCUGGGGCUGCUGCGGUUCUGCCAAAAUGGAGUUGAGCGAUGCCAAUUUACAGACCUUAACUGAGUAUCUAAAGAAAACACUGGAUCCGGAUCCUGCUAUAAGGCGUCCUGCGGAAAAGUUUCUUGAGUCAGUUGAAGGAAGCCAGAAUUAUCCAUUGUUACUCUUAACGCUGCUGGAGAAAUCACAGGAAAAUGUCAUCAAAGUUUGUGCAUCUGUAACAUUCAAGAAUUACAUUAAGAGGAACUGGAGAAUUGUGGAGGAUGAACCGAACAAAAUCUGUGAAUCAGACAGGAUAGCCAUUAAAGCCAACAUAGUGCCCUUGAUGCUUAGCAGCCCAGAACAAAUACAAAAGCAGUUAAGUGAUGCUAUUAGUAUUAUUGGUCGGGAAGACUUCCCUCAGAAAUGGCCAGACUUGCUGACAGAAAUGGUGAAUCGUUUUCAAAGUGGAGAUUUCCAUGUCAUUAACGGGGUCCUUCGUACUGCUCACUCUUUAUUUAAAAGGUACCGCCAUGAAUUUAAGUCAAAUGCAUUAUGGACAGAGAUCAAACUUGUACUUGAUGCCUUUGCAUUGCCCUUGACAAACCUCUUUAAGGCAACUAUUGAACUUUGCAGCACACAUGCAAAUGAUGCUAGUGCUUUGAAGGUUCUAUUUUCUUCUCUCAUUCUAAUUGCGAAGCUGUUCUACAGUUUAAAUUUUCAGGAUCUUCCUGAGUUUUUUGAAGAUAACAUGGAAACAUGGAUGACAAAUUUUCAUACGCUUUUAACUUUAGAUAAUAAACUUUUGCAGACUGAUGAUGAAGAAGAAGCUGGGUUACUGGAGCUCUUGAAAUCACAAAUUUGUGAUAAUGCUGCUUUAUAUGCUCAAAAAUAUGAUGAAGAAUUCCAACCCUACCUGCCACGUUUUGUAACAGCGAUCUGGAAUCUGUUAGUCACAACAGGCCAGGAAGUGAAAUAUGACUUGUUGGUUAGCAAUGCAAUCCAGUUUCUGGCCUCAGUUUGUGAAAGACCACAUUACAAGCAUCUCUUUGAAGACCAGAAUACAUUGACAAGUAUCUGUGAAAAAGUUAUUGUUCCUAAUAUGGAAUUUAGAGCUGCUGAUGAAGAAGCAUUUGAAGAUAAUUCUGAAGAAUAUAUAAGAAGGGAUUUGGAAGGAUCUGAUAUUGACACCAGACGCAGAGCAGCUUGUGAUCUGGUCAGAGGCCUGUGCAAGUUUUUUGAGGGGCCUGUGACAGGGAUUUUUUCUGGAUACGUUAAUUCCAUGCUGCAGGAAUAUGCGAAGAAUCCAUCUGUUAACUGGAAGCACAAAGAUGCAGCUAUUUACCUUGUCACGUCUUUGGCAUCCAAAGCUCAGACACAGAAGCAUGGAAUAACACAAGCUAAUGAACUUGUUAAUCUGACCGAAUUCUUUGUGAAUCACAUUCAACCUGACUUAAAGUCUCCUAGUGUGAAUGAAUUCCCUGUGCUAAAAGCUGAUGGUAUCAAAUAUAUCAUGAUUUUUAGGAGCCAAGUACCUAAGGAACAACUGUUGUUAUCUAUUCCUCUCUUAAUCAAUCAUCUUCAAGCAGAAAGUAUUGUGGUCCAUACUUAUGCAGCCCACGCUCUUGAAAGACUGUUUACCCUGAGAGGGACAAAUAAUAGUAUUCUUAUUACAGCUGCAGAAAUGGCACCAUUUGUAGAAGUGCUGCUAACAAACCUGUUUAAAGCACUAACGCUUCCUGGCUCUUCUGAAAAUGAAUACAUUAUGAAAGCAAUCAUGCGGAGUUUUUCUCUGCUGCAGGAAUCGAUAAUUCCCUACAUCCCUUCUGUCAUCACACAGCUUACACAGAAACUGCUGGCUGUCAGUAAGAAUCCAAGCAAACCUCACUUUAACCAUUACAUGUUUGAAUCAAUAUGCUUGUCAAUAAGGAUAACGUGCAAAGCAAACCCUGAUGCAGUUGGCAGCUUUGAAGAGGCUUUGUUUAUGGUGUUCACUGAGAUACUACAGAAUGAUGUGCAAGAGUUCAUUCCAUAUGUGUUUCAAGUGAUGUCCCUACUUCUGGAGAUGCAUAAAAAUGAAAUCCCAUCAUCCUAUAUGGCAUUAUUUCCUCAUCUACUUCAGCCAGUGUUGUGGGAAAGGACAGGAAAUAUUCCACCUUUGGUCCGACUCCUGCAGGCUUAUUUAGAGCGGGGUGCCAACACAAUAGCAAGUGCUGCUGCUGACAAAAUUCCUGGAUUGUUAGGUGUGUUUCAGAAGUUGAUUGCCUCUAAAGCUAAUGACCAUCAAGGAUUCUACCUUCUAAAUAGUAUUAUAGAGCACAUGCCUCCUGAAUCAGUUGACCAGUACAGGAAACAGAUCUUCAUUCUACUCUUCCAAAGACUUCAAAACUCCAAAACAACAAAAUUUAUUAAAAGUUUCCUAGUCUUCAUUAACUUGUACUGCAUAAAAUAUGGGGCAUUAGCUCUUCAAGAAAUAUUUGACAGCAUACAGCCCAAGAUGUUUGGAAUGGUUUUGGAGAAAAUUAUAAUUCCUGAAAUACAGAAAGUAUCCGGACAAGUUGAAAAGAAAAUCUGUGCUGUUGGCAUUACAAAAAUACUAACAGAAUGUCCUCCUAUGAUGGACACCGAGUACACCAAACUGUGGACUCCUUUGCUGCAGGCCCUCAUUGGGCUCUUUGAGCUGCCUGAGGAUGACACUAUCCCUGACGAAGAACACUUCAUUGACAUAGAAGAUACUCCAGGAUAUCAGACUGCGUUCUCUCAGCUAGCCUUUGCUGGGAAAAAAGAGCACGAUCCUGUAGGUCAAAUGGUGAACAAUCCUAGAAUCCAUCUGGCACAGUCUCUUCACAAACUGUCUACUGCGUGCCCUGGCAGGGUUCCAUCAAUGCUGAGUACUAGUCUGAAUGCAGAAGCGUUGCAGUAUCUCCAAGGAUACCUCCAAGCUGCAAGUGUGACACUGCUCUGAAUUGCAUAAAUUUCACAAGCAAGAUCAAAAGCUGUUUUGUUAUACAGAAGGUUGACACUGACUUUUUUUUUUUAUAGUGGAGCUCCGACAAAAUGAAAUGCUACUUGAAAAUGUAUUGCAGAAUCCAUCUUGUAAAAGAUAAAUGCAGCUUUAAGCAGCAAUUGAAAGAAUUUGGUGGUGUGUGUAAUGAUAGAUAAAUGGUGGCUAACUUCCAUUCCCAGUUUAAUUGCAAAGGGAAUAGUCAUAGCAGUUUGUUAUGGGGUUGAUUUGAAAUCUGCAUCUGCAGUAUUUGGGUAACAUUUGGAAAUGUAUGGAGAGCACUGGCUGUAGAAACUCCCUUCAAUCACUAAAAUUCCUUUUCAUUUUGAUGUUGUCCUUUGUAUUUCUUUUGUCUUUCCUUAAACUUUAUCUAAAUUGUGAAUAAAUAAGAAGUACUUGUUUAAAAUGCCUGUCACUGUGCGCUUACUGUUUUAGAAGAAUGUAGCUGGUUUAAAAAAAAUAAAGGUAGUGUUUUAAUCUUAGGAUAGAAUAUAAGAUAGUGGGACUGUAGGGAUUUUUCUUUACCUUUAGUAAUAGCUUAAAUACAUUGUAGGGUCAUGCAGAGCAAAUCUAAAACUUUGGCAGAAGAUCCAAAGCUGCUAUUACUGUUUUGAUAUUCAUCAACAGGUGCACCCCUUCUCUUCGGACAAGACAUGUCAGAGUCAUGCGGUCAAAGCAUGUAAUGGUACCCUCUUAGAGCAAACAUCAGUUUCCCAAGUGGAUUUUUAGUGAUGUAUUAUUACAAGUGAAGCAGUGAUUUUUUUUCUGUUUAACUAGGAUGUUCUCCCUGUCUUAAUGAAUAUGCUGAUUACGUGUGAUAGCCUUGAAUUCUAAGUGCAUCAGUUUACAUUACAGUUAUGGUUGCGUAAAAGAGACUGGAUAAGUGCCUGAGCCUUACUGAGUUCUCAGAUGGCCUGGACACCAAACUGCUAAACUGUAGGCUGUUAGAGCACGAGUACUGCAGGGAUAUAGAUAAAUUCAGUUGUAGAGACUGAAGAACUCUGAGUAAGAGCAAAGUGUCAGACUUACAUGAUACUAAGCAUUGUUACACAUGGCAGAUGUUGGUUUGGUUUUGUUCUAAGUUACUUGACCACAGAGAUGCUGCAUAUUACUUGAAUCAUUCUGGGGUUUUGGGGUUUUACUGUUACAAUGCUUGUUGAAGCUGAGCAUUGCAUCAAGAAAAGUUACUGAAUUUACUGAAGGUAAAACACAAGGCAAAAUCAGCUGUCAUUUUUUCAGUUCUUUAAGAACUUUAUCUGUGGCUGCCAUGCAUAAAUGCAUGCUGGUCAUAUCUCUUAAUGUGUGAAGAAAUGAGUUACUUGUCAGACAAUGGAAACUGCUUAAGUGCCUAAAAAUGUAUUAAAAAAAGUCAGCAUCAACAUGUUUUCUUGACUCUGGUGCAGUGUCAGACCCUCUUUGUUCAUAGGUGUGAAGUGAAAGCAGUACUCAAGAGUGAAAUAAUACAGUGGUGAUCGUGAAAAGCAUUUGCCUUAAUGCUGAUGAGACUGUGUGUGUUGCAAGUUUGCAGAACCACCUUGUAGAAUAGAUUUGCUAGACAGGCUGAAACCACAGGGGAGAUGCGUGUGAUGUUUGUGAGCUACUGAAUGCCUACCUCGAAUGUCAGUGUUAACUGAGCUGUGGUCGUUCAUAACCUGCAAGCCAAAAAGCUACUCAGAUCACUGCCUGCUCUACAACUUCAUCUUUCUCUUGGAUAAGCGGGAGAACAAUUUUUUUGGUUUUAAUGUCAACAUCAGAGGAUCAAAAUUAAAUUGGUAGUGGUGGUGUUCAUGUAACAGUAAUUUGACAUGCUACCUUUGCAUCUAGUCAAGUAGACAGCCGAUGUAUGUGUGAUAACCUUAUGUUAGAAUGGGGCUCGUUGUAUUAGAUCAUCGUAGUUCUGCAAUUCUGAACAAGAUUUCUUUAGGGGACAGAUUGCUGAGGUAUAUGAAGUGAGUGAACAAAUGUUUCUUACCAGUACUGAACAUAGAUGGAUCUGGACAAGACUUACUGCACCAAGCCAGAACCUUUUUGAGAGGCAACCAAGGAAAUGGGCUCUUUUGAAUGGAAGUUUAUCAGUGAAUCUUAUCUUCACUAUCUUGCACUUCCUGCAAGGCAUGACUCUAUUGUUGAACAGACACUGCGUGUGAAUAAGUGCCUAAGUGACUUCAGAUCAAUAAAUAGUAGUGGCAUAACUGUCCUUCAGUUCACUCACUGUUUAGUAUCUUGGACUUUGUUGACACGGCUGUGGCCAUGGCACUGUUAGCGAUGUUAUUUAGUCCUGAUGUAUUUGGCAGAUUCUAUAAGGCAUGUGAGUGUUUGUAUAGAGCACUUACCCUUCCAGGGAAAUUAAAAUUUCAACUGUAGUGCCAGCAAGAAAAUGCAUUUGUGCUUCAGAGUACAGGCAAAUGUUAUUGGCAGGUGCCCUCAUCUUUAUUCAGGGUUAUUGCUGUUUCUGACACCUCCAAUCCUCAAUCUUCAGGAGACAGUUAUGUUCCUGAAUUUAUCUAACCAGAUUUAUCUGCUAAUUUGAACGAAAACCGAUGCAAGCAAUGUGGUAACAGUUUCCACAGGAUAGCUGAACUUCUUGAAGCCACCCUUCAGUGUAUUCUUUGUUACACAGUUGGGCCAGUUUUUCCUUUAGAAAGCUCAGACUGGAAACACCUGCUGUCACCUUGAUCUUCCUAGGACCUGUGAGCAUCUAAUUCAGGUUCAAACAAUUAACUCCUGCACAUCACCUGAGAUCCUCUUCUGAAAGUAAAGAGACACUUCUCCCUUGCAAUUGAUAAUGGUAGAAGUUUUUAUUCAUAUUCAAAGGAAAAGGGAUUACUUGCUCCAUUUUGAACACGAAAUAUGUAAAGGGACAUCUGUUUCAGGAUCUUUAGAACCCACAGAAUUCUCACCUACUGUCCUUAAUCCUACUGACUCAUGGUGAUGUGUUUCUAAAUAAUAUUCUGAGUCUUCUAUAAUGGAAAAAAAAAAGUGUUAUACUUGGUUUCAAAAACAACAAACAACCUUCAAGAUCAACUAAUGUUUGGUCUUGUUUUCAUGGGUUGUGAUGAACCAUGAGGUUACCAGCAUUCCUGUAAUGGUGGCAGCAUGUACUAAAGCAAAGUCCUAUUUCUUUGUCUCUUCAUAUAAACGUGUGCAAAUAUAGGAGUCAUCCUCUCAGCGAGGCAGGCAUUUCAUUCUAAAAAUUAAAUGAGGCCAGAGCAUAUUCUUUCAGUCAUUCUGACUUGUGCUUUCAGAAAACUUGGUUUUCUUUAGGCGCUCAGUAGCUUGCUUGAAGGUGCCUUCCAUGGAGAUGUACUUCUUUGACUGUUAAAUGUACUUCUGUACUCAUUCCACAAGCUUUCAGCAAGAACAGCUUUCCUGUAAUAUUGUCAAGGACGGGCCAGACUAAAGCUGUCAGAGCAUGUCUUUAUACUGUCUUUUGCGAGGACAAAAUAACCACAAGGCACUGUGUGAGACUCCAGCUCAGCUGUUCACAGCAAUCUAUUUGUUUACAGUUCUUCACCCUUCCCUGAAGUUCGCUCAUUCUUGUAAAAGAAGAGUGAUCUGUAUCUGUCCUGAGGCUGCAUACUUCAUGCUGUCAAAAGUGCUGCUAAAACGCUGGUGAAUCAAUUUGAAAACAUUUUGACAAAACUUUAAAGGUGCAUUUCCUGCAGUGCAGCGUAUAUACGCCUGCACUAGCUUGGAUAAUAAAACCAGUCUGGCUGUAACAGUACAGAGGUUCAGGCAUCCAGCUGUAUCUGGUGGAGUAAAUUGUUUCACCUGACAAACCACGCUGCCUCUGCCAGGUGGCACACACUAUUCAUGGAGUGCUGGUGUGGGUGCAGCUGUGCACCAUGCUCCAAAAUGGCAUGUCAGUUUUCUUGUUCCAAAGCUCCUGAUGUCAAACCUUUAUUAUUGUCUUAAAACACCAUAAUCUUUUCCUUUAUAGAAAUAACAGUAUUUUUUUUAAUAACUGUUAAGUGCUUUGUUGAUUCUAUCAGCCAAAAAGUAGGUCAGAGGAAAAAAAAAAAAAACUUGAAAAGCAGAAUAGAUACUUUAUUUUCCCUUGGCUUUCUACCCUUACUUAUUUAAAUGAAGCAAUUACUGCCUUUAAUUUAGAAGAAAUGUGAGGUAUUCUAGGGAUUACUGGCUAUAAUAGUACCAGCUAGUACGUAAAACCUUCGUGACUUCUGUUGACAGCUAGUUGCAACGUGACUAUAGGCCUAAGAGUUUUCUCUCAGAAGAAGUAGUGCAUGUAAGGUCAAAGCUUAUGCUGGACUUAACAUAUUGUAUUCAAGAUGAAGGAAAUGCUUUGUUACUGUGAAUAAGUGAAUCUUAAAGGAAUAGAAAGUGGAAAAAAUAUUUUGUUACAAAUGAGUCAGAAAAGUAGAAUGAAAGGGGUUUUAGCACAGCCAGUUCAGAUAUUUAGCUUCCUUGUAAAAAAAAAA